AUGGCGGAUGAACUUCAAAUGGUUGUGGUGCAAGCGCCAAACUCUGGUGUGCUUCAUGUUUAUGUGCAAGGAAACAUCGAGGAACGUGCUGGAAAAACUAUCAUUUUGACCGUUCAUGAUAUUGGAACCAAUCGUGAGUUGUUUUUCAUUUAAAAAUUAUUCAGAUGGUUUGAGAAUCCAGGAAGGGCUGUGAUAGCAUUAUAGAUAAAACAUUGAAUUUUAUAUACUUUCCAAAAACAGUAAACGCCUUGAUGUCUUAUACAUCUUGAUCUACUGUAACUCAUAUUCCAAAAGUCUUAACUUUAUUUUUACGAUUUCAGUGAAAUUGUCCAAAUCUACAGUACCCUCGAAAAGUCCAAAUCACAUUUUUCAUGCCCUUUUGUUUUUCCUUUUUUUUAUCUAAAAACAAUUCUUGUCAUACAUACUACAGUAUCUCCUAUUGUUUCAAUUGUUUUUGUCUGAGAAAAUUCUUUGCUUUUGGAAUUCUCAUGAUAGACGUUGUUAUCAGGGGUAUUUUUGCAAAAAAGUAUAAAAAUAAAAAUCGCAGUUGUGAGAAAAAUUCCAGCUGCGCGGAAAAAAGGAUAUUUAGUUAAUAUUAAAGUGGUUUCGCUUUGCUCAGCGAGCACCAGGAACUAUGAGAAUAUUUUUUAGAAAAAGAAAAUAAUGAUUUUUAGGAGAUCAAAUUUGGGAUUUGUGGGAUACAGUAAAUCGUAACAAUUCCUGUAGAUCAAAACUAUGAUCCAAUCAGAACCUAGGCUUGUUUGGCCUCAAAUAAUGUGACUUUUUCAGAUAAGAGUUUCGUGCGAUUUGUCAAUCAUCCAAGCAUGGCUGCUGUCAAAGAAAAGGCAAUUUUCUUGCACGUUUGUGUUCCUGGUCAAGAAGACAAUUCUGCUGAUUACAUCGGAGAGUACGUUUUUUUUCUUCCUAUUCAACUAAAAAUGUAUUUUAUUCAAAUUUUAUUUUUUCUUUUCUCACGAGUCUCUUUAUUCCGUUUUUCACUUCUUCUUGGAAAAAAAGAAUGAAAUAACCUUCUCGAGUGGAUGAAAAAAGAAAAAAUGCUUGCGUGUUUUUUUCAAAACUUUUUUCGAAAUGUUUAGGGAUAGAAAAACAUGUGAACUCUUUGUCAAUAUUUGAAGAAACAAGUUGAGCAGUUCAAAAAUCACGUUUUCGGAGUAAAUGGGAUUGAGAAAGUUGUUAUUUAUUUAUUUACACGACAGGAAGUCAUAUUUUCUAGAAAAAAUAGAAUAUCGGAGUGGAGAAGGCUAAAAACCGAACCAAUAACAUUUUCAGAGAUGAAAAAUAGGAAAUUAACUUUUGGCUUAUAUCGUUUAUAGUUAGGGGCUGAUUUUUUGUAGUUGAGGUUGUAUUGAGGUUAUAUUUCUCGAGAUCAAAUUUAAUUUUUGAAACACUCAUAAUAAACAUGGAUCAUGAAAAGUUUUGCAAGAUCUGCGUGAAAUAAAUUCCGAUUUUCCAAACAUGAAAUUUUGAAGAUGACAAUUUCUCUCCAAGUUCCAAACAAAUGAAUAGUUCCUUCCUAACUCCCAAAUUUGAAUUUUUGAGCCUGUAAAAAUUUGAAUAAAGAUUUUUAACGGACAAAUUUUCCGACUCAUUGAUAGAGGAAAAACGUUUCAUGUAUUUUAUAUUUUAAACUUUUAAGAAUUUUAUUGCAAUUUUAAAUUAAAGUUACAGGGUUUUCGGUUAACAAAUGUAUUUGAAAAAAUACACCGUGAUUUUCUUUGAAGCUCAAAUUUUGCAAAACUUUAUUUGAAUAAUUGAGUUUUUCGCGUUGCAAAAAAAUAUUUAUAUGAAAAUUUGAAUAAUUCUAAUCAAAUUUUACUCUUCAUAUCUCAAACAAUUAUCGUUUCAGAUUCCCAUCACUCGAUCAGAUCGGGGAAGAUUUGACAUAUGUUCUUGACAAAUUCGAUGUUAAAUCUGCAAUCGCCUUUGGCGAAGGAGUGGGUGCCAACAUUAUUUGCAGAUUUGCAGUAAGUUCAUUCAUCGCAUGUUCUUUCAUUUAUUUUUAUUUUCGUCUGUCUAUUUGAUGGUUGGUUAAUUAUAUUUGCAGAUGGGACAACCAAACCGAAUUAUGGGCAUCGUUCUUGUUCAUUGCACAUCCACAACAGCUGGAAUAAUUGAAUAUUGCAAAGAAAAGGUCGGUUUCAUCAUUGAUUUCAAUUGGAAAAUUGAAACAAAAAAGAUGAUUGAGAAAUCCAAUUUGCAAAAUAUCAAAUUGAUGAAACAUGUGUUGUGAUAAAUUUUGAGAGAUCAAAUUUUGCGUCGGGUCGAUUUUUUGAAUCUUGAGAACAUUUUACGUCACAAAUAUUUUUGUGGGACAAAUGAGUUUAUCAUGAGAACAUUUUGAAAGAGGGAAUUGGAAUUGUUAUAACUAAUCGGGUGGUCAUUGUUGAAUAGUUUUCCAACUCUGUAUUUUUUGAUAAUCUGGAGAGAAAGUAUCCCAAAACUGUUUUGCAUUGUAGAAAUUAUUUUUGAAAAAUCUCAUCGAAUUCGCUGGAAAUCAAUGAAACCUAAACUUUUCAUGAAAAAAUGUACAGCAUGACCUCUGAAAAUUCUCGUGUGUCCAAUAGAUUUAUUUUUGAAAUCGAUGGUAUUUCAAUGAUUUUAUCAGAAUUUUCGGAACAAACAAAAACUUAUCAAUAUUCAUCUAUCAUUUUUAAGGUCAUGAACAUGCGUUUGGAAAACUCGAUCAUGUCGGAUGGAGCUUGGGACUAUCUCUUGGCUCACAAAUUUGGAGGGGUAAGAAAUUUAUGCAAAAAUUUAACAUCAAACUUCAGUGUCGUAAAUAAAAACACAGCUUCUCUAACAUAUUUUUCAACAAAAAAAAUACUAACUUUACGUUUACAGGCUGAUGUGAGUUUGAAUACGCAGGUUUUAUGUUUUGAGCGGCGGUAAACACAUUGCUUGUGUGAUUUGAUGUGAUUUACUACUAUGUAUAGUACAUAUUUACUUAUAUAUAUGUAUUUUUGUAGUUUUAGAUGUCAACCUGUAGAUUUAUCAUAAAAUUGAGAAUGAUAAAAAAAUUAUGAUUUUUUUAGGAAGGGAAAUCUCGUCAAGAGUAUAUCGAAGAGCUUAAAGGGACAUUGAAUGCCAAAAAUUUGUCGAAAUAUUUGCUUGCAUUCACAAAGAGAACUGAUUUGUCAUCGACUAUCGGAACAAAACUUGAGCAGUAGGUUUUUGGGAUUUUGAAAUUUAUAGAAGCUUCACAGAUUUUAUUUAAAAAAAACUUUAAUGAAUCUUUCUUUCCAAAAAAAAUCUUAUUAGAAUUAACUAAAAAACAUCUAUCCUCAUCUAAAACUUCCUGAUCCCUCAAAACGUUUCUCUUGAACUAAAAAGACCACCAUGAACUUCUUCAUCAUUAUCCACAUACAUCAUAAAACAGCCCGAGGCAAUCACAUAUAUUUUUCAGAGUUGAUGCAUUGCUCGUCACCGGAUCAAAGACUCCACAUUUGCACACUGUGUACACAACUCACAAAAGUAUGAAUAAGAAAAAAACAACACUUUUGGUUGUCGAUAAUGCAUCGGAUGUCAUGCAAGAAGCUGUAUGUUUUUUAGAGGCGACCAGUUGAAAAUUAAUCGAAACAUUUUCAGCCAGACAAACUUGCUCGCUCGUUGAUUUUAUUGUGCAAAGGUUGUGGUGUUCUCUCGGGUGUCGCGAUUCCUGGAAUGGAACGUCAAAGAACAUUGUCGAGCUCAAUGGAAGAAGCUGAUCGCCCGCGUCGUAUGUCAGUCACUCAACCCCAACUUCCACCUGUUCCAUCAAACUAA